AUGAAACCCUUCAAGUGGAACCCGGGUAUCACUUCUUCCGCUUCUAUGGAAGAAUGCUUGUGCCGAGGAGUUUACGCCCCCGAUAUGAGUCGAUACCAAGCUUUCGUUCUUAAAUGUGAUCAAGAGGUCUCAUGUCUCCGCACUCUCCGCGCCUUCAGAUGUAGGGGUAUACAUGACCGAGGCUUGUGGCUUGUGGGAAUAGGUUCAAGCAGCAUGGUCCCAAAUUUUGUCUUACAGCCAUGA